UGCUGAUGCUGAGCACGCGAAUAUAGGCAGGGAGGAGGAUGCUGCCGUAGAAAUGGUGGUACGUGGGGCGAACCUCCUGAAAUGGUUUUGACCGUAGAGGCGAAGCAAUGCGCCUCUUCAAAGUCCUCAAUGCUUUCAUGUCAUCACGGCUAAAGAGAAUUAGAAAAAUGGCUCGUUUAAGUUGGGUGCUGCUCGCAUUCUGUCGGGCUGGCAGAUGCAGUGCCUAGUGCCAGCCCUCCAGGACCACGCCAACAUGAAUGGGACUGGGGAGACGGCAGACAUACUGCCGCCUAACUGCUUGGUCAAGGACCGAUGGAAAGUGCUAAAGAAAAUCGGAGGGGGAGGUUUCGGGGAGAUCUAUGAAGCGCUGGACCUGUUGACGCGGGAGAACGUGGCAUUAAAGGUGGAGUCGGCCCAGCAGCCCAAACAGGUCCUGAAGAUGGAGGUGGCAGUCCUGAAGAAACUGCAGGGUAAAAACCAUGUGUGCAAGUUUAUUGGCUGUGGGAGAAAUGACAAAUUCAACUACGUGGUCAUGCAACUUCAGGGGGUGGAGCAGGGACGCAAUUUGGCGGACCUGAGGAGGAGCCAGCCUCGGGGGACCUUCACCAUGAGCACCACGCUCCGCCUGGGGAAACAGAUCCUGGAGUCUAUAGAGGCCAUCCACUCUGUUGGCUUCCUGCAUCGAGAUAUCAAACCGUCAAACUUCGCCAUGGGAAGGCUGCCUUCGACCUUAAGGAAGUGUUACAUGUUAGACUUCGGCCUCGCGCGGCAGUACACCAAUACCACUGGAGAAGUCCGCCCUCCGAGAACUGUCGCAGGGUUUCGAGGAACUGUCCGAUAUGCCUCAGUCAACGCACAUAAAAACAAAGAAAUGGGCCGCCAUGAUGACCUUUGGUCUUUAUUUUACAUGUUGGUGGAAUUUGCAGUUGGACAGCUACCAUGGCGGAAAAUCAAGGACAAGGAGCAAGUUGGGCAGAUAAAAGAGCGAUAUGACCAUAGGAUGCUGCUGAAACACAUGCCUUCAGAGUUCCAUAUCUUCCUCGACCAUGUAUUGGGCCUUGACUACUACACCAAGCCGGAUUAUCAGCUGCUGAUGUCGGUGUUUGAGAACAGCAUGAAGGAGCGCAUCAUUACAGAAAAUGAGCCGUUUGAUUGGGAGAAAGGAGGGACAGACUCCACACAGUCAACCAGCGCCUCCACCAAACCACAGCACAACACACGGCCCACCGUCGCCAUGGUGGGAGCCCUCAACACCCCGGUGCCCGGAGACCUCCAGAGGGAGAACACGGAGAACGUGCUACAGGACGAGCACCUCAGCGACCAGGAGAACGCCCCUCCGGCCCUGCCCCCUGGUGGGAGCCGCCAGGGGGGCGAGGGCGGAGGAGGUGGCGGUGGCCAGACACCCGCCAGGGGCGAGGGAUGGGAGGACACCGACUUCAACCGCAACAAACUCAGGAUCAGCCUGGGCAAGGGGGCCCAGGAGGGGGAUGAACCCAGCAGAGGGGCCUGUCCCAUGUCUCCGUGCCGGGCAGGAGGGGCCCCCGAGUCCCCCAGUGGCCAGGUGCGCUCCCUCCGGUACCGCCGCAUCAACAGCCCCGAGUCAGACCGUAUGUCGGCCGCUGAUGCGAGGGGCAUCGACGGCUACUGCCAAAGUAUCAGGUCCCGCAUGGACAUCCUGGGCUCGCCCUCGCGCCACCUGUACUCGUCCCAACCGGCCAUGAUGCUGUCUGUGGACGCCGGCCUGCAGCGCGGGCGGCACGGCGAGGGCUCGGUGGCAUCCGUGGACCAGGAAGCCCACAGUAACGCCUUUAUCAGAUCGGUGCCGCUGGCAGAGGAGGAAGACUUUGAUAGCAAGGAGUGGGUGAUCAUCGACAAGGAGACAGAGCUGAGGGACUUCCAGCCCACCACGUCGGGCACCACCGAUGAGGAGCCUGAGGAGCUGAGGCCCCUGGAGGAGGGAGAGGAGAGGAGGAGGCUUCGGGGAGGAGGGGCGGAGAUGGUGGUGCGGCCCAAGACGACCCACACGACCAACAGCAGCCGGGGAAUGCUCACGCUCACCGAGGAGGAAGCCUCCAGACGAAGUGGGGGAAGCCCCGCCAUGUCGCCCUGUCACUCACUCCCGUCGGGCCGUCCCAUUGGACCCCAAAGACCGGUGAUCAUGUCUCCAACUGAGCACAAUGGCCUAUCUCAGCCCUGUCCAGACUUCAGGACCAAGGGCCAGAUGGACGAGAAGGAGCAUUUCCACAUCCUUCCCCAGCUCCAGGUCAAGAGGGCUGACUUCCUCACCGUCAUGCUGACCGGCACCCUUCCUCAGCGGCGAACCUUCGCAGCGGCUCUGCCGGCAGAGAACGAGGUCCAGGAGCCCCAGGGCCCGCGGGACGAUGACGUAACCAAGAGCGAGUCGAACAGCGAGGCCAGCCAAAAAAGCACAGAGCGGAGCCAGGAUGGGGCCCCUGAUACCCUCAUGGCCGAGGACGGUCCCAGGGGCCCCCGGGAACCCGCCUCGGCCGCAGAUGCCGACCCUGACUUGGAGGACGGCUCCAAGACCCUGGUUCUGUUCUCGCCGGGGGAUACCCGGAAGUCUCCAUCCACUGGGGGGGAACACGCCCUGCUGGAGGUUGACUUCGGGACGCCGUCUGCCUCUACCCCUAGGAACGAUAUACCUCUGGUGGGUGCGGGCAGCCAGCCAGAGCUCUCCUUCACACUGAGGUCGGACUUGAGGCCAUCCACUCCUAUCGCCCCCGCGUCUCCCCCCUUCACCAAAGUCGAGCGCACCUUUGUCCACAUCGCAGAGACUUCCCACUUUAAUAUAAUGUCUUCCAGAGGUCAGACCGCAAAGGAGAGCAGCAACCGCUGCGACCUCUCGGACGUUACCCAGGAGGCCUCACCAUGGGAAGGAGACGCCCGUGACCAGACCGGACAUGUCGAACAGGGUGAGGAAUCCCAGUGUCCUUCCAGAGAGCCCCAAUCCCAUUCUAUCCCAGACGUGACCCUGGAGAAUGGCGUCAUGCGCACCAAACCGGACGACCGCCCACCGCUGGUCUUCGUCAAGUCCUUGGAGCCUGUCCCGGAAGCCAUGUCGCCCAUUCUGGAACACAAAACUCUCUCUGCAGAUCCCAACCAGGGGCCAUUGUCUACCGAACAUGUUGCGGAGUCCAACGCUGAACUACCGCAUACCGCCCUCAGGCCGAGGAUCAAAAGCCGCAUUCCGGUUUUACUGUCUGAAGAGGAAACAGGCUCGGAGCGUUCAGCCUCGCUCUCUUCCCGGGCACGACUACGGAAGAGAGCCCGGCAACUGGACCUGGCACGCAUGGUGGUGCAGAAGCAGCAGGGCCGCUGGAUGAGGCUGCCCUUGGGGACAUCCUCCUCUCUGUCCUCCGGUGACGGGAGGGCCUCCGAGACGCUCUCCACCACCGGCUCGGAGGAAGACACCCACGCCUCGGACGAGUCCCUGGCCAGGAGGAGCUCAUGUCUGAAGGCCAGGGCAGGGGCUGGAGGGGACCAAGGCCAGACGGAGUGGCGCAGCAGGAUCCCCAGGCCCGUCACCCCCAUCAAGAGGCCCUCGGGGCGGCUGGAGGCCGCCAUGCCCUCCCCUCUCACGCUGCUAGGAUCGGGCAUUUGUAGAGAUGCAUCCACCUUUGGUAAUGGGCUCCAAGUUCAGAAAAUAGGACUGAGCACUCUCCCGACCCAGAGGCGGUCUCAACCUCUGCAGACCGGCUCCUCCUCUUCCAUCUCCUGUCCGAGGCCCUGUCCUGUCCCCACCCAGCCCUGCUUCAGCCCCCGCAUGCCCCUGCGCUGUGUUUUCAUGACCCGACGCAGCCUAAGCACCUCCCACUGCAGGACAGACAGCCCCUCCCCCCAGCGUGUCCAUCCAACUAGACAGUCCCUCUCUGUCCGGCCCACAACUGCCCCUCCGCUCCGGCCCAGGGCUAAUACUACUACUACCACCAUGAAACGGGCCAACUCACAGGACCCCUUUACCCAGGCAUCCACCGCCAUGCCUGCCAGAAUCCGAGCCAAAUCCACGGGCCCUGCCAAAACGAAACAAAGCACAGGGGACAAGAUGGCUGCCGCGAGAUAGUAAACAGAUUCACUGGGAAGAAAUGCGUACACUUCUCUGUUGUCCUCAGAGAGACUCAAUGCCUCAAAAAGCUCCAGCCCGACCCCAAAUUAAGACUGACGCGGUUUCCCAUCUUUUUUUAUCUUUCAAUGACCUCCUUUGAUCCAAAUCAUGAACCUCUACUAACUAGACCAUGACAACAACUUUUACAAGAGGAACCAUACUGAACGAUCUUCAUGAGCUUCCAGUCAAAUAACUUUUAGUCAAUGUCACGAGGAGCAAUGCUAUCGUGGUGCUAUGUGUACGCUGUUCACUGGUGCAUUGUAUACAUUUUCCUUUUGUUUCUGAGGUUGAACAUUUCUUUAGGUUUGUGGAUUUUGCAUCCUAUAUGCAAGAAAUUAAUUUGAACAAACGUCUCACACCGAUAUACUAAGUUAUCAUCGACAAUAUGCUGCUCGCUUUACAUUGCAUGGUAUAGAUAUCACAAACACUUUUGAUAAGUUGAAUAAUGUUAAGGACAUGUACGAAAGUCUCAAUCUUCCAAUGGUCUGACGCGAUAACCAAUUUUGAUAGAAUGCAAAGGCCAAAAUCAUUCCCAACUCUGGUCAUAUUUGUUAAAAGAGGAAGGUUGGAUUAUGGGGUAGAUUACUGCCAAUAUUAAGUGGAUGCAGAAGUAAUAUUGCUGGCCUUCUUGUUAGCGUGUGACAAUGGGCAUGCUUUAUAUCAUUCUAUUUUUUGGGGUAUUUGAUUAUAUUUAGUGUAUAUAAUAUGAUAAUUUCUUGAAAAAUACAUCUUUAUUUUUUAUCUUAUGAAAACAACCUGUAUAUUUUGUCUUUCCUCUUCUGUUGAACAAUGUUGGCACAUGUGCCUGUUUUUUUACGCAUGAGAAAAAUAGGGUUAACUUUGAGCGAUAGAUACCUGUUCUGACAAUGAAAUGAUAGGUGGAUCAUUGAAACCCAUGUUUUGUGUUUGUAUUGGGUAAAUGAAACCUACAGUUGCAGGUCACUGAACUAAAGUAAAAUCAUGGUAAUGUGGAAUGACUAUUUCCUGUUUCAUUUCUACACUGUUUGCCAGAUAUAACCAUCGCCCCUAGAAAGGUCUACUUCUUGUUUUUAUCCUCUCCUUCUAAUCAGGGACUGAUUCACCAGGUGAACACCAGGUGACACCAGAUGAGUGCAAUAAAGUACCUGGUAGAAACAAAAAUCAGAAGUUUUUUGGCCCUCCAGGACUGAACAGUCCUGGGCAACUGAAUGGGUCUGGAAGGUUCCUUAUCAGGGUGAAUUGACUCAGAGACACAUUUUUUAAGUGUUUUCACAUAUUUAGGUAAUUUCAUUUUCAAGAGGUAAAGUUACAGUACAGACGUGUACAAAAACGACAUGCUGUUGAAUACCAUACACAAUCAAAUAGUCAAAUAUUUCAUGGACACACACACACAUUUCACCUCACAGCAGUAAGUCCAGUCUCUCCCUAGUUUAGGGGCAGGCAGCUUCUCUAACUGUCUGUCUCCAAUCAAUAUUAUUUUCCAUAUCAGAAUAUUCCUGAGCAAGUACAUAACCCACAUUUGAAUACUAUUAAUGCUAUUAAAUGUAUCUUUGAUCCAUCCCAACAGGAAGCAAUAGAUAACAAAAAGAAUACAAGUUAUGCACAUAAGAGUAUGUUUCAUUGCGGUGCAUUGCAGUGUAGUACUGUGCUGAGACUAAUGGUCUCUUGGAGUUGCCCUUUCAAUUCUGUUAUAUAUGCACUGAAAGCUGAACCUAUGAGACCUGAGAGAUAUCCAGUAGAAGGGAGGCCUCCCUUUCCCUUUCUCCCCGCCCCCACUUUUUCCAUGCAAGCAUGUGAGUUGGCACAUGGUCUCUCCCUCCCUAACUCCCUGAGGUUACAUUGACGUCUUGUAAAAUGUUCAAUAAAAAUAUUAAAAUCCAAAAUGAAUAUGAUGUAA